AUGAAGAUGAAGGGUACAGUUGCUGCGCUGCUUGUCAUGGGUCUCUAUGGACUGACUUACUGUGUCGUUAGGCAACACUUCUAUGUGAGCCAGUUACUGACUUGGCCUGAAGCUCAACAGUACUGCAGACAAAGAUAUGAUGAUUUGUCAAGUGUAACAACCAUGGAGGAGAAAUUCUCUCUUCCAGUUACUGUGCCUCCUCCUUGUCCUAACAACACAGACUACUAUGAGGAGUGUCGGAUGUGGAAGUGGAUUGGACUAUAUGUAGACACUAAUAAUCAGACAGAGUGGUCAGGAGGGAACAAUGAACCAAUUUUUCCACCUGCUAUUCAGACAACAAAAUAUGCUACAGGAAAGUGUGGUAUAGUGUGGAAUGCUUUAGCAGUAUGCAUCCCUGUCCCAUGCACAUGGAAUCUCAGCUUUUACUGCAUGAAGAAGUUUGAUGUGAUUCUAGUGGAAGAGACAAUGACAUGGGAAGAGGCACUCAUCUACUGCCGGAGUAAAUACAUUGACUUGGUCCAUCUGACAUCAGAAUUUUGGAUGAAAGAAGCUGUUAAAGUAGGCUGGGCAGCACAAACGCCAUAUGUGUGGACUGGUCUGCGCUUUCUCAAUGGACAAUGGUUUUGGACUACUCAUAAUGCCCUAAAGUACUGGGCCUGGUCUACUGAGAGUGAACCCCGUUGUCCUGCCAGAAACCUGCGCUGUGGAGCUUUAGCACAAAAAAAAGGGAUUUGGCAAAUGAGAGACUGUGAGGAGAAGCUGAACUUUCUCUGCUUCCGUAAAUCACAGAACGAACCUCAGCAACCAUGA